AUGUGUUACUAUGGCAGAUACUAUGGAGGACUGGGCUAUGGCUAUGGUGGCCUAGGCUGUGGCUAUGGCUGUGGCUAUGGCUGUGGCUAUGGCUGUGGCUAUGGCUGUGGCUAUGGCUGUGGCUAUGGCUGUGGCUAUGGUGGCUAUGGUUAUGGCUGUUGCCGCCCACUGUGCUGUAGAAGAUACUUGUCCUGUGGCUUCUAUUGA